CUCAAGUUGAACUUUCAACCUGUCGAUAGCGUAUAUUUUUCAAGAGGAAACUUCUUAAGAAAUCACUUCCCUGGUCGAUUUUCAGGAUUAUAAUGGAAUCUGUCUCAGAGAAGGCCUGUAGCUCAAGCAAUCGAUUGCAACAAAAGAAUCAGAAUAAAUACACUCAAGAAGAAAUUGAUGCAGCUUACGCUCUCCUUGCAUUGAGCAACUCAGCUCCCACCCCAUCAGCAGUUGACACAGCUACGGGUUCAAAGCUUGAAGGGGAACUUCGUGCCAAAAUGGAUCAACCCCCUAUGACUCCGCAAGGCAUGUCUGUUAAUCAUCAGCUCAGAAGCGUUCAACAGAGAGUAUCACCUUUAACUGAACUGAACUCCUUUGUUGCCACCACUCUACCGGUUAGAGAAGGACGAUACGUUUACAGCCAUUACGUUUCUCAGCCAACUGACAUUACCAUGUGGAGAUGCGAGAAUCAUGGAUCCUGGUCUUGUCAACAAUGUUUCCAUGCAGCAAACCCGUGAAGAGUUUUCUUAAGGAGUGUUUUAGUGAAAAUGUGCCCUCAAAUUAAACUAACUGACGGCAGUCUUAAAUAAAAAUGUUGCAACUGAAUGAAAUUUUUUUAAUGGCCGUCUUGAAUGUUGUGCCUCUUUACAUGCGGAGUACUUUAAGAAAGAGGAGCUUCGUAGAUUAAUAGGUGCUGAAUAAGUUUGUCUAAACCAGCUCUAAGCCAGCACCAUUCAAAUGCACUGAGCCUAGUGACAACAACCUCUACGUUCAUUCAGUCGCUGUUUAUUUGUUUGCCCAUGAGACUACAACUCAUGCCGCCAUCCGCAUGCAUGUCGGACUCAGCGGAAUGGACUGUCGUGCUCGUUCAUGGACAGGAUAUCUGUCCUUAGACCUGUCCGGAUCUAGUUCUGGUCCCAUGGGUUCUCUUCUCUUAAUAACGCCUGACAGUCUUCACGCUCCCGUGAUUUCUGCCUUGACGAUGACGACGAUAAAGCAGAAAAGUCUUUAAAAAUAUUGGAGAGAGCUGAGGUUGCAUGCCCUAUUCAUAGGGUGUGACCGUAAUUGUUCGCCAUCUAUUUGCACCGCAUGGCAAGAACCAUUCAUUUCUAUUCGGGUACACUUGACAUCUGCUAACCGUAAGCGCACGACUACUUAUAUCCAUGCGGUAUAGGCGUCAUUCCCGUAAGCUUACAAUUUAAACACGACCUGAUAACCUUGUUUUCUGGUUUUCAUGCGUAUCCAUUUCCAGUAAGGUUGUGACAUUUUUCUUAAUUUUAGGUAUUCAUUUUUUUAGUAUAAAAUUGUCUGAGAUCACGUUGCUAAAGAGGUUCAAUGUAUCGCUGGA